AUGAGUGUCCGGAACACCCUGAGACUCCUGAACCUGGCAGGGAAGAGCCUACUAACCGAUGAGGCCUUGGCCAUUUCUGCUCUGGAGUAUCUGCCCAUCGAGCUCUUCCCCCCACUCUUCAUGGAAGCAUUCUGUGGAAGGCACAGAAAGACCUUAAAGGCCUUGGUUCAAGCCUGGCCCUUUGUCCGCCUGCCUCUGGGGGCCCUGAUGCAGACACCUCACCUGGGAACCUUACAAGCAGUGCUGGAUGGACUCGAUGUCCUGCUCACACAGAAGGCUUAUCCAAGGAAGUGCAAAUUGCGUGUGCUGGAUUUAAGGAAUACUGGCCAGGACUUCUGGAGAAUGUGGUCUGGAUCUAGUGUUCAUGUGUCCUCAAGCUCAUCAAUGGCACCAAUGGCUGAGGAUGGGUCAAGGAUCAAGAAGCCCUUGGUUCCCUUCGAGGUGUUCACAGAACUUCACCUCAAGGAAAGAACCAUGAGUGAAUUCCUCACUUACCUCCUAAAGUGGAUGAGCAAUGUGCAGAAACUAUUUGUCUCCCACAUCCACCUGCCUGAUCCUGAGGAGUGGAAUGAGCAGCACAUUGUCAAGAUUACUUCUCAGUUCCUGAGGCUGCACCACCUCCAUGAUCUCCAUCUGGAAUCCCCCUUGUACCUUGAAGGCUGCCUGGACCAGAUGCUCAGGUGCCUGGUGAACCCCUUGGACAACCUGUCAAUAACUCACUGCCUCCUUACAGAUUCAGACUUGACCCAUCUGUCCCAGAGCCCGAACAUCAGUCAGCUAAAGAGCCUGAAUCUGAGUGGGGUCACCAUGACCUACUCUAGUCCUGAGCUCCUCCCAGCUCUGCUGGAGAAAGUUUCAGCCACCCUCCAGGAGCUGUACUUAGAGCAAUCUGGGAUCAGGGACUCCCACCUCGAGGCCAUCCUACCUGCCCUGAGCCAAUGCUUCCAGCUCACAUCCUUCAGCAUGUGUGGGAACCUCCUCUCCAUGCCCAUCAUGGAGAAGAUGCUGCGACAUACCUCUGAGCUGCCCAGUUUAGGUUGA